UGUGUGUGUUCAGUCUGGACAGAGCGCUGGAUGACCUGAAGAGCCGUAGAUCUGCGCUAAUGACCUCCCUGAAGAACCCCACUGUGGAGGUGGUCCGGCCUCAGAGGCCAGUCGCUGUUCAAAGUGCUCCAGAGGAUCCCAGAGCUGCAGAUCUGGCCAAGGAUCUAGACAAGAUCAACCAAGGCCUAUAUCAAAGCGAGAAAGAAAUCCUCAGUCGACUCAGAACCCCGCUGGACAACCGCAACCCGACACAAGACCUGGAAGAAAGACUCCAAGAGCACAAGAGGACUGCUCAGACUGUGAGAAAGCUGGAGUCUGACAAGUGCGUGGUUCAGAGAGAAAUGGAGCCCAUUCUGGCCAAAAAACCUCUGGGACCCAUCGCCUCCACCCUGCCCCUCAAACUCAGCACCGCCAACAACAAGCUUGACGACCUCAACGCCCUCAUUGACCUUUAUAACAAAAAAGCUACAGCCUCUGUGUUCCUAGAGAAGAGGAAGGAGAACGUCGAAGGCAUCGUCUCUGGGUUUGAGGAGCAGGUAGCAAAAGAGGCCGCCAUUCUUGAUAAACCCAACGCCCUCUCAAGUCGCAACCAGGAGCUGCAGGCUUUGCGUAAGGAUGUGGCCUCAAAGAAGGAUGAGUUGAAUAAAUUAGGGAGAGACUUGGACCUGACAGCAGAAGCAUGCAGCUCUCUGCAGCGUAAUUUUGAUGAAUACUGUCCUGACAUCAGUCGCCAGGAGAACGAGGUGAAACAGCUGAGGAACCGUUACUCCAAUGUCAAUAAUCAGAUCCAGGAGAGGUCUGGUCUCAUACAGGAAGCAACCAGUAAAAACCAAGAUUUCCAGAAUGCUGCUCAGUCACUGGAUUUCUUCUUGGUCAAUUUGCCAAAUAAUAAGAUCAAACCUACUGAUGAUGUGGCGCAGAUAAAAGCCAAGCAGAGCUCUCAGAAGAAAGUGGUAGAGGACAUCAACAAGAAAUCAGGUGAUUUAGAUCGCGUCAAGCAACUUUCCCGUGAUCUGCAGAGCAUCUUAAAUGAGUAUGAAAUGAAGUCAAACGCUUACCGUGGCACUCUGUAUGAUAGCGAUGACAAUGAUGAUGAGGAUGAUGAUGAUGAGCCAGUCCCAAAGAGACGUUCAACUUUGACUAUGGCUCAGGCUGUACAACGAAAGGAGAAAGAUCUACUCAACCUUUUCUCAGAGUUGUCUGCGGAAAAUGACCAACUACUCAGCCAGCUGGAGACGGCAAAGAACAUCAAGGCCAGGAACGAAGAGAAAGUUAGUCAGGUGGUGGUUAAUCAGCAGCUGCAGUCACAGAGCCAGCAGAAAGACCUGGAGGAGAGCGAUAGCCUGAAGAGGGAAUUAAAUGAGGAGUCUGAAAGGCGCUUACAUGCUGAAAGAGACCUGGAAACAUACCGUAAGAGGUAUGUGUCUCUGAAGAAUAGGAGAGGAGUGGCUAGGUUAGAGGAGAAGGAGGUGGUGCAAUACUACCGUGAUCCCAAAAUGGAGGUGGAAUUGAAGUCCCUGAGAAAUCGGAUCCAGGACGAAGAAUUGAAGAGAUCAAGAACCAGCUCAGAGAUAGAUUUGAUCAAUGAGAAGAUUAUCAGACUGGAAACACAGCUGCUCCAAAUCGAACCUAAACUGCUGACCAAGGUUCUGACUGAAUACGAAAGAGACCCGCAGCUUGACAAAGAGGCGGCCAAGAUCAGAGAAGAGAUUCAAAGGUUACAACUGGAGCUACAAACAAGAGAUACUGAGACUGUUCAAGUCAAAUCCGAGCUUACGGUUCUGUCUCAGCAGGCACCCAAAAUCAAGGCGAAGGUUGUUAAGAAAGAAGUUGUGAGGGUUGAAAGGGAUCCGGAAAUGUUGAAAAGUGUUCUCACGCUCCAGAGUGGCAUUGCGGAGGAGGAGUUCCAAUUCAAGACGCUGAACGAUAGCAUUUUUACCAUUAGGAGUGAGAUAAACAAACUAGAGAGGUAUAUUCCCACCAUCCAACCCAAGAUAGUCUCUAAGGUGGUUAAGCAAGUGCAGCAAGAUCCAGAAACGGUGGAAGAGGCUAAGAAAUUACGAAUUGCCUUGGAAGAGGAGAAGGAUGAAAACGUUAUCUUGAUGAAGGAACUGACCACCCUUCAGCUGCGUUACGAUGAAGUGGACAAGAUCAGGCCUAAAGUCGAGGUCAAGGAGAUCAUCAAUGAGAUCUACAGAAUUGAUCCUGAGACAGAAAUCGAGCUGGUUCGUCUGCGGAAAGAGCUGCAGGAUUCCAGCCGUAACCGUGUAGAGCUGGAGAAAGACAUCAAGACACUGAUAACGACUCUGACCACCCUACGUGCUCAGAAACCUAAAGUAGAGUACAAGGAAGUGACCCAGGAGGUCAUCAAAGAGGAGAAAAGCCCAGAGGUCACCAGGGAAUUGCAAAGGCUGAGCAACCAAGUCUCCCGGCUGCAACUCAACUACGACACCACCUUGGAGCUGCUGACCCGCCUACGUAAAGAAAGAGACGAGCUGAAAACUGAAAAAUCCAAGGUGGAGACCAAGCUGGUCACUAAAGACCUCAUCAAAUAUGAGAACGAUCCUCUUCUUGAGAAAGAGGCUGACAGCCUUCGGAGAAGUGUAAGAGAUGAGAUUCAACAACGCCGCAGUGUGGAGGAGUUACUGUUUGACCUCCAGAACCAGUACAUCGUUCUUGAAAGGCAGAAGCCAGAGGAAAAGAUUGUCACGCAGGAGGUGGUGCGUCUUCAGAGGGACCCCAAGCAGAUGCAGGAGCAUGAAAAGUUGAAUAGGGACCUGGACGAAGAAAUGAAAAACCGUAGGAAGAUUGAAUUAGAGGUCAGACAGCUCAGAGGCCUUAUUCAAGAAAAAGAGAGUACCCUGGCUCAGAUGGACGAGCGUCAGAAGAAGAUUCAAGUAGAGUCUGAGCUCAGGCAGAUCAAAGCUCGUAUUCUUGAACUGGAAACAUCUCCACCUCCUGUUGAGGAAAGGAUCGUCAUUGAGGAGGUCCUGAAAGUGGAAAGGGACCCUGAGCUGGAAAAACUUACUGAUAGUUUACGUAUCAACUUGGAGACUGAGGGCACCAAUGUCAGUCGUCUAGAGAGAGAAAUCCGCAACCUUAAGCUCAAGUUAGAAAUUCUGCAAAAGGAGAAGUCAAUUGAGAAGGUUGUUUACAGAGAAGUGGUGCGUGUAGAGAAAGACCCGGCAGUGGAGGCUGAAAGAGAACAUCUAAGAGAGCUCGUGACACAGGAGAGAAAUCUCAGGCGUGAACAGGAGGCUAACACUCAGAACAUGCAAAUCAAAGUAACUCAAGUACAGACAACAAAGUCUAUGACUUCUCAGGAGGAAACAACUCUCAUAAGCAACAGAGAUGCUCUGCAGAGAGAGAAGGAGGAUCUCCUCAGACAGAUCAAAGUGCUCGAGUCUCAAAGACAGAAUAUCAGCUUAACCUUCCAGCAACAGUCCAAGCUGAUGAGUGAGAGAAACCAGAUGCUACGGCAGAGGACUCUGAAGACAUCCUCUGAAUUACAAAGGCUGGAGAAAGAAAUCCUCAAAGAAAAAGACAAAAUACACCAGAGAGAUGCACUCAUCGUUGAGCUGCAGAACAACAUCCAGAAAGAGGACCACUCUGAAACUCACACCAGAGAGACAAACCUCUCCACAAAGAUCACCAUCCUGGAUCCAGAAACCGGUAAAGACAUGUCUCCAUAUGAUGCCUACUUGGCAGGGCUAAUUGAUCGCAACCACUACAUUCGCCUGUCAGAGCUGGAGUGUGACUGGGAGGAAAUCACUUCAACUGGUCCAGAUGGGGAUACAACAAUUCUGCAAGAUCGCAAAAGUGGGAGGCAGUACUCCAUCAAGGAUGCCCUGAGGGCUGGUCGCCUGACCCAGUAUGACCUGCAGCGCUACAAGGAUGGGAAAUUGUCCAUUGCUGAGUUUGCGCUCCUUGUUGCAGGAGAAACCAGAACGCCCAUCGUUCCUCCAAUACCAGUCCCAAGAUCACCCAUUAAACCCAUCCCAACCUCUCCCAUGAACUCCAUGCCAACCUCCUUGAGGUCCUCCUACCCCUCCCUCAACACUCAGCUCAGUGGCAGUUUAAACAACCUCACUGCUUCAGGAGUGGAGGAGAAUUUUCCCAUCUCUGGUAUUUUAGACACCACCACAGACAGCCGCAUGUCUGUGAGAAGUGCCCUGACUCGAAAACUCAUCGAUCCCGACACAGCUCUGAAGCUGCUGGAGGCACAAGCAGCCUCCGGAGGAAUCGUCGAUCUCAGCAAAAAGGACAAACUGUCCGUCCACAAGGCAGCUGAACGUGGUCUCAUUGACACAAGUGACAUGUACAAGCUUCUGAACGCCCAAAAGGCUUUCACCGGAGUCGAGGACCCUGUGACCAAAGAGCGUCUCGCAGUGGGACAAGCUGCACAGAAAGGGUUUAUUCCCAAAGAAAAUGCCAAGAGGUACAUCGAGGCGCAGUACCUGACCGGUGGGCUUGUGAAUCCUGCUAAAGCAGGCCGCCUCACUGUCAAAGAAGCUCUCGCCAGUAAUAUUAUUGACAGCACAACAGCUGAGGAGCUGCAAGAUGAGGAUUCCUACAUCAAAGAGCUCGUAGACCCAAUCACCAAAGAGAAGAUAACGUACAAGGAGGCGAUGGAUCGGUGUAAGAGAGACCACAGCACGGGGCUCCUACUGCUUCCUGCAGCCUCUACUGAUGCCACAAACGCCCCGUCAUACUCAAACUAUCGAUUCAGCUCCGCAUACAACAGAAUCUAGAUGUGAAGUUUAAGAUGUUUUCUUUGCUGCAGCCACUGGUGGUAGUGGGUGUGUGUUAACGCUAAAUGAAGCAGAUAAAAAAUAAAUGUUCGUACACUUUUUGAAAACACUGGGGAAAAAAUUGGGUGAAACUGCGGAUCUGCUUAUAUUCAGUGCUAUUUUUGGGUCUGCUGUAAAAAUUAGGGGAUAUGUUUGUUUUAUAUGGUAUAUUGUUUUUUUUCAUCACUCUUAAUCUAAAUCCUAAUUAAACUCUGCAAGCCUGA